GCAAGCCGAGCAGGCAGCAUCAUGGCGGCGUCCAUCCUCGUUCGCCAGUGUGUUUUGCGGAGAGCAAUGGCCCCGUCUUUGGUGGUGAUUUUGGGAGCUACUGGCACAGGAAAGUCCAAACUGGCGAUUGAGCUCGGAAAACGGCUUCAGGGAGAAAUAAUCAGCGCCGACUCCAUGCAGGUUUACCAGGGUCUGGAUAUCAUCACCAAUAAGGUGACGGCCGAGGAGCUCGCCCAGUGCAGACAUCACAUGAUCAGCUUUGUGGACCCGUUGGUGAACAACUACACAGUGGUGGACUUCAGGAACAAAGCCCUGGCCCUGAUAGAUGAUGUGCACAAGAGAAACAAACUGCCGAUCAUCGUUGGAGGAACAAAUUAUUACAUCGAGUCUCUACUGUGGAGAGUUUUACUGGAUACAGGGGCACAGCACGGCUACACGACGUUUGACCCGUGGUUUGUCUCGGAGAAGGAGGCUGAAGUCUAUAAGAUGCUCUUGGAUAUCGUCUCCUGUGUUGUUGUGCUAAACCUCCACCCACCUGGAGAAGCAGGAAGCAGUGGGAACGCUCACAGAAGUCUUCAAAUCCAUGAAGAAACUGGUAUCCCUCUUAGCCACUGGCUUGCAGAGCAGAGGGGGCAGGAGGGAAGUGAUGGACUUGGGGGCCCGCUGAGAUACCCAGACGCCUGCAUUUUCUGGCUCCGUGCAGACAUUAAGGCUCUAGAUGAACGAUUAGAAAGUCGUGUGGAUAAGAUGCUGUCUGCAGGACUGAUCGAGGAGCUCAGAGACUUCCACAUCAGAUACAACCAGCAGAAAGUCCAGGAUGACAGUCAAAACUACCAACAUGGGAUUUUCCAGUCAAUCGGGUUUAAGGAGUUUCACGACUACCUGACUGCUCCUGAAGGCAGCAGCCCACAGGAGAAAGACAGACUGAGACUCCAAGGUGUAGAAGCUUUGAAGAUCGCAACAAAGCGUUACGUCCGCAAACAGAAUAAAUGGGUCCGUAACCGCUUCCUUAAACGACCUAGAGACAACGUCCCAGCUGUGUAUGGCCUGGAUGGGACGGACGUGUCGAAGUGGGAGGAGACGGUGCUGAACCCUGCACUGCAGAUCUUGGACAGUCUCAGUAAGGGUGAAGAGCCAGCUGUCGAACCAAUCAGAGCAGAGGGGGUGGAGCAGAGAAACGAGCAGAGCUACCACACCUGUGAUCUGUGCGACAAAGUGAUCAUUGGAGACCUAGAGUGGACGGCUCACCUGAAUUCCAAGAAGCAUCACCAUCAUGUGAGGAAGAAGAGGAAGUCCGAUCCUGGCCCCGGCCUGCCCCAGAGUACCGCUGCACCUCCCGCCUCAGCAGGAAGCCCCCCCUCAGAGGACGCUUGUGCUGCUGUGACCCUGCACCGUAAAGAAGCCUCUCAAGACUCGUCUAAAGACACGACAACGCACACGGGAGUACCGGUGACGCUUUGACAGCUGCACUCUGAUCCGUUUGGUUGUCAGGUUCUCUAAAGUUCUUCCAGGAGUAAGUCUGAACUUUAGAAGUCCUGCAGAUCACAAAGAGCCUUGAUGGAUAUCGACGGACACGAGAAGAAUCCUCGAAGCAGAUUUAAUUUAAUUUAAUCGGCUGUUUUCGGUUUCAGCUCGGAUCAAAUUAUAAACCGUUUUAUUUUUCUUAACACACAGUACUGUUGCCUUUUUAAAAUA